UGAAUUUCUUUCAGUGCUUGACAAGAAACAGAGAAGACCUUGACAGAGUCACAUGAUGGAGGAUAAGGGAAACCAUUAAGCGAGAAGAAAAGAAGAAACAAACAAAAUAAGCCAUUCGACUUGCAGUUUUGACCCGCCAAGCAAUCUACUGUUUUAAGAAACAAGAGUUGCUGCUGACAUCCAUCAUCUUCUUUUAUUUUCUCGACCCAAAUUCAUACCUUUCUUGAAAACGACUCUCUCCCUCUCUCUUCUUUUUCUACACUUCCCGUGCCAUUACUGUUUAUCACUGGAGCAGUUAAUAUUAGCUUUCAAUCAAGCACUGCUUUUUUCUUAUCGUUUUCACCUUUUUGGUUUUGACUCGUCUGCAUGUAUCUUUUGGUGGUGGCUGUCACUUUUUUCUUGCUAACCUCUCUCAGCACUACUGCUUCUUUGCCUAAAACCUACCACUUUCACAUGGGAUUGUUCAGAGAUAAAGGUGUGGUCUACAAGCCUGUGGAGAAUGUUAAUCUUGGCCCUGACAGUGAUGAAUUCUAUCUGCAAGCCAAUGUCAAAGCUCCUCGCAUGGCUGGAUUUCUUGUCAAGAUUUUCGCCUGGUUUCUCGAGUCGCGGAUUUUUGGAACAUUCCUUCUGUACAUUUUGAAGAGAAACAAUCUGAUUCACAAGCUAGUUACAAAUGCAGAACUGAAGGAAUCGCCUGUGUACGUCCCUAUGCAUCCAUUUGAAGAGCUCAAAGAACAAGAAGUCAAGCACAUAGAUUCUGGUCUAUCACCGUCUGAGCAAGGUCAGCAGGCAAUUAACUGUCUGCCUCUACCUUCAGAGGAAAUUGUAAAUGGAUUGAAGCCAUCUUUCCGUCGCUGGACAAUAAUGGAUUAUUCUAAAGCCUAUAACUCAGGAGAAAUAACUCCAUGCAUGGUUGCAGAACAAUUAGUAGCUGCCAUCCGUGAAUCUUCCAGUCCUCCAAUGGACAUGGCAUUUUUUAUUAAUUAUUAUGCUGAAGAUAUUUUAAGGCAGGCUAAAGAAUCAACUCUUCGGUAUGAAAGAGGCGAGCCAAUAUCAGCUCUAGAUGGAGUUCCAAUUGCAAUAAAGGAUGAAAUAGACUGUAGCCCUUAUCCGACAACAGGUGGGACAAAGUGGUUGCACAAAUUCAGAUCUUGUAAAGGUGAUGCUUGCUGUGUUAUGCGUCUCAGAUCAUGUGGUGCUGUAAUUAUUGGAAAAACCAAUAUGCAUGAGCUUGGAGCUGGAACAAGUGGAAUAAAUCCUCACUAUGGGGCUACUAGAAAUCCAUACAAUCCUGGCAUGAUCUCUGGAGGUUCAUCUAGUGGAUCAGCUGCUGUGGUAGCUGCAGGACUUUGCCCUGUUGCCCUUGGUGUUGAUGGGGGAGGAUCCGUGAGAAUGCCUGCAGCUCUUUGUGGUAUUGUUGGUUUCAAACCAACUUUCGGGCGUGUAUCUCACUCUGGUGUUCUUCCUCUGAACUGGACAGUUGGGAUGGUAGGAGUAUUAGCAGGCACGAUAGAGGAUGCAUUUAUAGUUUAUGCAGCUAUAAAUGGCCCACUUCCUUCCCAUGAAACCUCUGCUAUACCGCUGCCAAAGGUAUACUUCCCACUGCUGCAAUCAACAAAUUCAGUGUCAAACGUCAUAUUGGCAAGAUAUGGGAAGUGGUUUAGUGAUUGCGGUGAUGACAUUAGAACAUGCUGUUCCCAAGCAUUGCACCAGAUUUCUGAGAAGUUUGGGUGGAAGACUGUAGAUGUUACCAUACCAGACAUAGAAUCAAUGCGCCUCGCACAUUACUUAACAAUCGGAUCUGAGUGCACUGCUGCACUUAGUUCUUAUCUAGAGAAGUUGGAUAAUGCGGAAUUGGGAUGGGAUUUAAGGGUAGCCCUUUGUGUAUAUGGUUCUUUCAGUGGUGAAGAGUACAUAAAGGCUCAGAAACUCAGGAGCCGGCAGAUGCAAUUUCACAGGAAUAUAUUUACAAAAGCAGAUGUCAUUGUCACACCGACAGUAGGCGUAACUGCAUACCCAAUUUUCGAUGAUGCUCUCAAGACUGGUGAGCUGGACUACAUUAAUGGAGCUGCACUAGUUCGGUAUCAGAUAGCAGGAAAUUUUCUGGGAUUGCCAGCAGUUACCGUUCCAGUUGGAUAUGACAAAAAUGGGUUGCCUAUAGGCCUCCAAUUUAUCGGAAGGCCAUGGUCAGAACCAACAUUGAUCCAUGUAGCAUAUGCUAUGCAGAGUCUCUGCGUUUCAAAGUACAGAAAACCACAGGUUUUCUAUGAUUUGCUCAAGAAAGAUUAAGCGGAGGAGGAAGCCUCAUUAAAUGGAGGAGGGUCUUCAAUUCUCAACGUGCUACUGCACCCUAUCGUUUCUUCUUUAUGUUUGUGAGAUGUCAGAAACAUUUUGGUGUGGAUUACCUGUUUAUCCAUAGCAAUUAGUCGCUGGUUAUUCACAUUCAAACCAUGUAUUUUACUUUUUUAAAUUAAAAAAAAAACCCAUGCUGUUACAUAUU